UGUAGGGUUGUACACGUUUUGGGUAUAUUCGCGUUUUGCCACACUGACAGCAAGCACCGGCUUGAAGAAAACACACGCAAGAAUGGGAAACGUAUGGAGUUUUUUUACUGGAUGGUUUGCACAAAAGGACAGAAGAAUAUUAAUCCUUGGAUUAGAUGGAGCUGGAAAAACUACAAUUUUAUAUAAACUUCAAGUAGGAGAAGUUGUAACAACUAUUCCUACAAUUGGAUUUAAUGUGGAAACAGUAAAUUACAAGAACCUGAAGUUUCAAGUGUGGGAUUUAGGAGGCCAAACAAGUAUUAGGCCGUACUGGCGAUGUUACUACUCCAACACGGAUGCCAUUAUCUAUGUCGUGGAUAGUGUGGAUAGAGACAGAAUAAACAUCUCCAAACAAGAACUUGCGUCCAUGCUGGAGGAAGAAGAAUUAAAAAAAGUGACUUUUCUGAUAUUUGCAAACAAGCAAGAUAUAGAGGGUGCCAUGACCCCUGCAGAAGUGUCCAAUGCACUCGGACUAAAUGCUAUCAAGCAUACAUAUCAAAUAUUCAAAACAUCUGCAUUAAAGGGAACAGGCUUGGAGGAGGCUAUGGAAUGGCUUGGAAAUCAAGUGACGCAGCAGAAAUAAGCUACAACUCGGAUCAUAUGAUGUAACAAGAAUUCCAGGCAAAAGCUAGUCUAGUGUAGCAGACUCGCCCAGGAGAAUUGACUAGAACUAAGCAUAUGUUGACCAAAUACAGAAAAUUGUGAUGAGGUGUAUUUAUACUGUACACCUGGGUAUGAUCUGGACACAUGGCUUUACAGUGUUGUGUUAAACCAGCUCACAAAAUCUUUUCAGAUAAAGUAGGAAUUUCUCCUCUACUGCAUUUAAUUUUACUGACAGCAGAAGCGUUUGUAAGAAUUUCCAGUGUUUCCUAUAACUUAACAAAGUAAUUGUUUAUUUAUUGAAUUUGUUUAACUAUUUAAAUGCAAAAUUAAGUGCUUGAAUUGAAAUCUGUGCAAGUAGUUUGGGUAACCCUGUAUGUUAUCCAUCCUAACAUAAUUGCAGGUCAAGCUAUAUUAGAAUGGUCCUUAUUAA